AUGGUUCUCUUUCUCACUUUGUUUUCUCUCACAAAGAGAGGAUCCUAUGCUAUUAGUCCGAUCAAUUUAUGGCAAGGCUACGACGGUGACGGGGGAGAGGCGUGGGUCUGGGCUCGUGGUCUUCCUCGUCUCAGAUGCGGGCUCAAUGGUGGGGAUGGGGAUCGAUGUGAUGAGAAGAAAAGAUUUGACAUCAAUGGACAAGUGACUGGGUUUGGUCAUCCAGACUGGGCGAGGACACAUGAAGCAGCUUCUGGAACAUGCCCUGUGGUUUCUACUCUUGUUGAAGGAGGAGCCACUUGCAUUGGUAAAAUUGUGGUAGAUGAAUUAGCCUAUGGAACUCGUGUUACUCUUAAAAGAGAUGGCGUUGUUUUAGAUUUAGUUCUUCCUCCCACAAAGGUUAACAAUCUAAUAUUCAGACGGACAUGGAUUGAUUCACCAGGGGAAAUGAUCAUGACUAAUCAAACUACAGGGGACAAGGCUGUGCUAUACUUUCAACCAUGUGGUUGGUUCGGAGUUGGUCGCUAUGAAGUUGAUGGAUAUAUUUAUAAUGCUGCCGAGGAGCCUAAAAUACUGAUCACAGGGAAAUGGAAUGAGUCACUGAGCUGCCAACCAUGCGAUUUGGAAGGCGAACCUAUUCCAGGAGCAGAGUUGAAAGAGGUUUGGCAUGUUGCUGAUGUGCCUAAGAACGACAAAUUUCAGUUGGCAAUUCUAUUUUUUCUGUUUAUAUCCACUUGGCAAUCCUACUAUUGAUUAUUUUUUAACAUU